GGAAAUUUGAUGAAGUGUGGGAGAUUUUAAAGGAAAUGAAGAGAAAAGACCAGUCUUUGAUUACUUCAAGAACCGUUCAAGUGGUUUUAGCCAGGUUGGCUAAGGUCUGUUCUGUUUCGCGGACAGUUGAGUCCUUUUGGAAGCUCAAGAAAUUCGUUCCCCAGUUCGAUACCCGUUGUUUCAAUGCUCUGUUGAGGUCGCUGUGUCAGGAAAAGUGCAUGUCGAGUGCUAGGAAUGUGUACCGUAACUUGAAGCGGGACUUUAAGCCUGAUUUGCAGACCUUUAUCAUACUUUUGUCAGGUUGGAAAUCAUCAGAGGAGGCUGAGGAGUUUUUCUCAGAGAUGAGGGAUCAUAAUGUGGAUCCAGAUGUCGUUUCGUACAAUUGUUUGGUUGAUGAUAAUUGCAAGGGGAGACAGGUUGACAAGGCAUUUGAGGUUGUGAAGGAAAUGAGGGAGAGGGAUAAAGAUCCGGAUGUAAUCACAUACACGAGUUUGAUUGGGGGUCUGGGGCUUGUAGGGCAACCAGAUAAGGAAAAGAAAGUUUUGACAGAGAUGCGAGAGUACGGAUGUUACCCUGAUGUUGCUGCUUAUAAUGCUGCCAUUAGAAAUUUUUGCAUUGCAAAUAGGAUUGGGGACGCGUUUAAACUGGUAGAUGAGAUGGCAAAGCAAGGUUUGGACCCUAAUGCAACUACCUAUAAUGUGUUCUUAAGAUCAUUUCAUCUGGCAAAUGAUUUGAAACGGGCAUGGAGUUUAUACCAGAAGAUGAAGGAGAACGGGUGCUUGCCAAACACGCAAUCCUGUAUGUUCUUGAUCAGAUUGACUACGAGACAUGAGACUGCAGAGAUGGCUCUCGAGUUGUGGAAUGACGUGGUUGAGAAUGGAUUUGGCUCAUAUACAUUGGUAUCUGAUGUUUUAUUUGAUUUGCUUUGUGAUUUGGGAAUGUUGAAAGAGGUAGAGACGUGUUUCUUGCAAAUGAUGGAGAUGGGACAUAAACCUAGCAAUGUUUCUUUUAAGAGGAUCAAGGUUCUUAUGAAAUUGGCCGAUAAGGGUGAAGCAAUUCAAAAGUGAUCAGAUAAGAUGGCUGCUUUUAGUUUUGCAGCUAGACACAGUGUUGAGAGUCAGACAUCCAAUUUUGAAUCCAACUUCAUGCCCUUCUAAGUAAGCUUUUUUGCAUUACCCACAAUGUGUUAGGGUGUUGUGGGCAAUUGGGCUUGUCCACUUCAAUUAUUUAAUUUUUCCCAGACUUUUUUGUUUCCUUUUGUUUAGAGAAACUUUGUCGUCCCUCAAAAAUCUUACAUUAAUACGUGCGUUGUUCUCAUGUCUCGCAUGCCCAUGAAUGUGUUCCCAAGCUUACUUGACUUUACCAAUAUUGUGCUAGCUGCAUAUUAAAGUCCCUAAAUCAAAAUGUCACAUUAAACUUCUUUUGCUUCU